AUGAUCUAUUCUUCUGGGAGAGAAUCAUACUUCAACUUGAACUCAACCUGGUAUGAUCCCUCGGGAUCCUGGCUGGACACCCGGCGCACGCCCUUCCGCUACGGCUACAACACCUGCUCCUCGGGGUGUGAUGGCGAAGGCGUUGAAGGCAUGAGAGGCCACAACUACCGCCAUUACGGCUACCGGCAGCCCGUCUGCUCCGAGAGAUGCCAUGGCUAUGCCGCGGCUGAUUCUUGCCAUGGAGGUGGGGGCUCAAGCUGUGUCAGGAGACCCACGUACAGCUACGGGUCGUCGGGGGGAUGCCAGAGCUACGGGAGGUCGGUCUGCUCUGAGAGAUGCCACAGGUCCUCGGGUUCAAGCCACGGAGGUUGUUCAAGCUGUGUCAGGAGACCCACGUACAGCUACGGGUCGUCGGGGGGAUGCCAGAGCUACGGGAGGUCGGUCUGCUCUGAGAAGACGUGCCACGGAUCAGGGCACCAGGGCGGAAAGCCGUGCUACAGCAAGCCAAGGCAGCAAAUCGCCCAGUGCUGCCCAGUGCAGACCUGCCCCGCGCCGGUGCAGCAAGGCUGCGUGCCCGUGGCAAAAUGCAUCCCGAGCCAGCAGCAGCAGCAGGUCUGCAAAGUGCCGGCUCGGAAGAUAAAGUAG